CGAUCGUCAGCUUAUGACUUUUCCUGAUAUGAUUCCUCUGCCUCUCGAUUUCAUUUGUUCGACAUGUAAAUUUUUAAAUGUGUUCUUCCACUUCCUGUUUGUGUUUGACUGUGUGGCGCAGAUGCUCUUGGUCCUAGCGUCGAAAAUGUGAUUGGGGUUUCUUGCGCUGUCAGUGCAAUUCUUUUUUUGUUUUUUUGGAAUUGGAAGUCGAGCUGAAAGGUAAAUAAAAGACUCAGGCGUUGCUAAAAAAUCUGAAUCUAAACCUUGUUGGAGGCCAUGGCGCAAAAGCUCGUGCACACACGCGGCUCCCCGGGAUGUGGGUUGUUUCUAACCGAUACUGCGGCCGUCAGAGCAUCCAAAAAUCCGCCAGUAAGAAUAAAGUUGCAGAAGGAACACAGCGCCGCGGAGACCGCAUUACGCGAUGAGCUUACGGCACAGAAGAAAAUAAUCAGCAUGCUGGAAGGCAAGGUAGAGUUGCUAAUUUGCUGCAUCAACGAAUGAAAGAACAGAAUGCCAAUGCUGGAGACAGCAACAGGAGCAAAAAAAGAAUGGGACGCCGUCGUAUCACUACUGCGCGAGCAGCGAUUCCGAUUUGUCUGAAAAUGCCGAUGAUGAAACUGAAAAUUAUGCUUCUCUCUCCAGGUGGCUGGGCUUCAGUCCGCAUUUGAUGAGACAAAUGCGUUGCGGCUAGACGCCGAGCAUGACCGGGAGCAGCUUCGAGCCGAAAUCGACACAGCCGACGCUACGCGAGAAAUUGCGCAAGAGGCACAGCAACGAGAACGACAGAAACAGCUCGAAGUGGACGAAUGGAGGCGCUUGUGCAGUAAGCUGGAACUGGAUUUGCAGCGGGAACAAGGUAAGUCUAGCUAGGGAGGUCCUUCGGUCGUUGUAUCCUUUGUUUCUGAUUUCGAUGAUGCGCCGGAAAUGGCCACGAAAAAACGACGCUAUUGCUCGAAGCUUGGGCUUCGCCUGCGCGUUAAAGCACAACAUGUUCUGUCUUUCUCUUUUCUAUCUCUCCUCUUGAAUCGAACAAGAAGUAGAAGAAGUACGUACCACUCUAUUCAUCGAUCCGUCUCGAAAACUUCCUCAACAUACGACCACAGGUGCCGCCUCCUCCUUGCGACACGAGCGGGAUCAGCUGCAGGAGAAGAUGCGGAUGGAUGCGAGCGACUGGAAGACUAUGAUUGAUUCUCUGGUGGCGGAGAAUGUCGAGCACGAACAGGGAGCAACGACUGCGAAAGAAAGGUGCGCCGUUUUGGAAGCCCAGCAUGCGCAACUACUGGAAACCAGUCAGGCGCUCCAGGCCCGUUGUGAGCAGGAACAAAGCCUGAACGCAGAUUUGGAGGCGCAAUUGGCGUUGCUGCAGGCGGACUUCGCAGAGAAGGAAAAGAAAGCAACUGAGCACAUUCGCGUACUGACCGCGGAAAAGUCCCGGAUGUCUGCGCUACUUCGAAAGAGCAACGCAAAUACGCCGCGCAGCGGGACUACAGGUGACCGAGUGGCCGCGUCGCCCGCGUCUACCAAAACUGGAGAACGCCCUGGUGCUGGGGAUGCCGCAGCAACAAGUUCAAAGGUACAGUUGCCGAAUAAAGCGCUUUUCGACCCGGUCAAAGCUUAUUUGGAAGCCACCGCAGCAGCAGUUCUCCCCGCCGAAGAACCUGAACCUGCAACAGAAAAACAGACUGUCGAUGCCCCGGGGGCUGAAGAACAACAUUUAUUUAUUUCCCGACAGCAAUCAGGAGGCAGCACGAGCGUGGCAGGUACCGGCCCCGCAAACGCUAGUCUCUCAUCUCGGACCGAAGUAACGCGGAGCGCGCCAAGCAGUAAAAGCGAUCAGAUCAGGAGCAUGCAGAACACGACCAAACAGACGGCUCCUGGAGCAGCGGUGCCGGGAAUGACGUCGUUUGCAAGCCCCCCGCUUUCUAACAAUGUACAACGUGCCAGCUCUACAACUUCUGGAAGCAGUGCCACGAGCAACAAAGCAACGAUUUCGACAUCUAGCGCGGGUUCGCGCGCAGCUCCUGGUCCAUCCCGGGCGACCGCGCACCCCUCGUCACGAUCAAGCGGAGCCGGCGCGGCCUCCACAUCCGCAUCAUCAAGCGCGAAUCCACGACCUGGUCAGAUGGUGAAGGUGGAUCCGGCGAAAGCGGGCAAGGACUUCGUCCCGCCUGCCCCCCUCGACCAAUCUUCCUGUACCGACGCGCCAAGCUUCCACACCGCCGCCACGACCUAUCAGGAGCUGCUCGGAAAAAGAAAGCACAGCAAGGGCGGAGCAGGGCUGAACCCGACCGGGGUGCCCGUAGCAGCUAGAAGUGUUGGAGGGAAUAAAACGAACCCGGCAGGGACGGCGCAUCUUCCCGGGACGAAAGUUGGGCGAACGCACGCAGCUUCUCCGAGUACUGGAAUUCCUGCUCCUCCAAGCGGUGCACCACGAGGUGGCUCAAAAGAGAAAGUAGUUCAUCAGCAAACAAUUCCUCGCGGGGAUGCAGCCAGCACGCGACCCGUGGGAGGCCCCAAUCCUGGCUCCGGUGCUCCUGUCAGCAAGGGAACUACAGGGCCAGCUGGGUCCAUGUCCAAGUCCACCGAGGGUCCUCCCGCCGGGGCAGGGGGCGGUGUCCCCUCCAACCUCGACAACUGGCAGUUUGGUGGGGAGGACGCCUAUGACGACAACAUCAACGAAAUCAGUCGGGCCGAGGUACAAGGUCUGCCGGAUCACGAUGUGGCUGGGAACGACCCGGACUCAGAGGAUGAGCGCCUCGUGCCGAUGGAGGCAGGCUAAGCCUAAGACGGGACAGAAAGGUGUGUUUCGUCCGAUGCACCAGUGUGAACUUGCCGACGAAAAACUUUUUCGUGAUUCUAUCUGCGUGGUUAGUACCUACUGCUUUCCACAAACUGAUGCAGAGCCGCAAGAACGAGAACGCGAGCAGUGCAGUUUUCGACGUCGGUGUUCAACC